AUGAUCUCCCCUCCUACCUUGCCCUUUGCUUCUUGUUUGUCCCACACCUCGACGGAGGUUAUUUCUGUGCUUAUUUCUAACCCCUGUCCGUCGUUUGCCUGCGUGCUCGAAAUAGAUAUUUUUCCGGUCAGCAAAUCUCUCGACUCGGCUCUGAAGAAAAACACCGCCUUCAUCAAGCGUCUUCGGACGGGAAUUAACGCCUCCGCCCAAUCAACCUUCUUGGCCGACAUCCGUACCCUGUCGCUCCACAAGUAUCUCUCCGAGAUCAUCGCCGCUUGCUACGAGGGACUCUGCAAACUGAAGACGCCCGGCGAGAUCGCCACUGGGGUUGAAAUCACCAGUGCCCUGCAUCAGCGUUUCGGCCCCGCCGAGUUCACGAGACAGAUUGGCUGGCUUCUGGGUCGAGGACUCAGCACACCGGACAAGGGACAGUUGAAAGCCCUCAGCCAGGAGGUUCGCGAGCGCGAGGAGAAAGAGCGGCUUUCUCGGCAUCGGGUGCUGUUGCGAGUGGUCACGGAGCUCUGGUUGGUCGGAGUCCUCCGGACUUUGGAUGACAUCGAGCGGCCGGAGGAUUUAGGCACGAAGGGCAAAGAUGGCGUCGUCGGGAAGGUGCCUGAUGGUCCGUCCAAAGCCAAGGCCCCGUCUGCAGUCCGAGACAACGAUAAAGAGGCCGAGCCGUUUCCGCUGGAAGUGUUGAAGGAUCUCCUGGGACAUGAUCGGGACCACACCAACUUGCCACUUGCAGUUUUGUUUGUGAAGAGCUUCAGUUGGGAGGUUUUGGGAGCCAGAUCCGUCGAAGAGGGCCGGAAGACCGUCGAGGCGGAUGGUGCGGUGACGUCUGGAACUGCUACCGAGGCUUCGAAUAGCCAGGAGGAAGCGGAAGACGCGCCGGCCGGCGAGGAUGAUCCUCCACUUGCCUCCGAGAAGAUCCAAUCACGCUUCAAGAGUAUCUUCAAUCGCUACCUGGAGGAUGUCAAGGCACACGUGGUACGCGACCAGAGAGCGUUGGCUGCGCAGAGCCGUCGGAAUGCAGAGGCCUAUGUCAAAAGCGGCGAGAUCUUCGAAGAUCGCCAGGCCAACUUUGAUAAACAGACAAAGACGCUUGAGAAAUUGAUCACCAACACUCAAACCUUGUGUGAAGUCCUAGGCGCGGAGAUGCCGGCCUUGGCGGAGCAGGAAUCAUCGGACCCUACAUCUAAUGGUGGCAUCGGCCUUGUCAAGACGUCUGAGUAUCUGCGAGGCCAAGGUGAGGGAGCUGGUAUCUGGGAAGAUGAAGAGGAGAGGCGUUUCUACGAGAACCUCGUUGAUCUCAAGGGCAAAGUUCCGGCUGUACUACUGGAGGAUGGCAAGAAGAAAAAGCCCGAGUCCGAGGAGGCGACCAAGAAGAAGGCAGACGAUGAACCUGCUGUGGAUUCGGUUGCCGAGAAGCAAGACGCAAACGCCCAACCCCAGUCAGCCGAAGAAAAGGUCGAGGCAGAUGAUCAAUCCACGGCAAUCGCCAGCAGGACGGUCGGAGCCCAGGUCGAUGGACUUCUGGCCAAACUCCCCGAACUGCAGACCAAGGAUCAUGUUGACCAACUGGCGCUGGAUUUCUGCUUUCUGAACUCGAAAGCGUCGAGGAACCGACUCAUCAAGGCUGUUUCGGAUGUUCCUAAAGGCCGUAUCGAUCUCUUGCCUUUGUACUCACGUUUGGUCGCGACCCUUGGACAAUAUCUUCCUGAUAUCCCUCAAGGAUUGACCACUUAUCUCGAUGAAGAAUUCCGCAGCCUUCAGCGCCGGAAAUCAAAGGAAUUUCUCGGCCAAGUCCGGAUGAGCAAUGUUCGCUACCUCGCGGAGUUGACCAAGUUUGGUGUUGUUCCGGAACACAUUAUCUUCCAUUGUUUCAAGGUUUCGCUUGAUGACUUCUCCCGCAUGAACAUUGAAAUCAUCGGACACCUUUUGGAGAACUGUGGUCGCUAUUUGCUUCGCAACCCGGACACUUCUCCAAGAAUGGCCUCGUUUUUGGAGACACUCAGUCGAAAGAAAGCGGUUCAGCAUCUCGGCCAGCAAGAGCGAAUGAUCAUUGAGAAUGCGGUUUACUACGUCGACCCGCCCCCGAGGCCGGCCAUCCAACAGAAAGAACGAACUCCCAUGGAGUCGUACAUCCGGAAGUUGAUUUACUUGGACAUGAACAAGCGCAACUACACCAAGAUCUUGAAAUCAAUCCGCAAACUUCAUUGGGAGGAGCAGGAGGUGGUCGACAUUUUGGAGCGUGUCUUCAGCAAACCGGUGAAGGUCAAAUACGGAAAUAUUCACCUUCUAGCGAUCUUGAUCAGUGCUCUUUACAGAUACCAUCAGGACUUUGUGAUUGGCAUCGUGGACAAUGUUCUCGAACAGAUCACGCUUGGACUUGAGCAGAAUGAGUUCAAGUUCAACCAAAAGCGUGUCGCUGAAGUCAAGUAUCUGGGGGAAUUGUACAACUAUAAGAUGAUUGAUUCACCGGUGAUCUUUGAUACCUUGUAUCGCAUUGUCACGUUUGGUCAUGAAGGUGGCACCCCGGUUCCUGGGAAACUCAACGUCCUAGAUCUGCCCGACGAUUUCUUCCGAGUUCGCUUAGUUUGCACUUUGCUCGAUACGUGUGGCCAUUGUUUCGACCGAGGUUCGGCGAAGAAGAAGCUUGAUUUCUUCUUGACUUUCUUCCAGUAUUACAUGACCACGAAGGACCCAUUGCCUAUGGACAUCGAUUUCCUCGUUCAAGACACGUACUCAAUGGCUCGUCCUCAGUGGAAGCUGGUGACAGACCCACAGGAAGCUACGCGCAUCUUUGGCGAGGCUGUUGCUCAGAACUACAAGACGCAGGAUUCCGAGAGACCCGCGGAACCGGAUGACGAUGAUGCUGAAAGUAGCUCAUCCGAUGAAGGUCUGGAGGAAGACGCGAUCCCCGAGGUCGAGGAUGAGCAGGAAUCGAGCGAGGAGGAUGAAGUCUCUGGCCCCAACGCCGAGCAGAAUGGCGACAGCGAUUCCGAGGAUGAACAGAUCUUCGUCACCAGGCAGGAAGAGGAACGUGACCCGCAGGCUGAAGCCGAGUUUGAUCGUGAGUUUGAGAAGAUGAUGGCGGAGAGCAUGGACUCGAGGAGAUUCGAACGCAAGGGUGUCUUUGAUAUACCUCUGCCUAUGAAGCGCGCUGGCCGGGAACCUUCGGCUUCCGACAAUGCGCCGGAGGUGCCGGAACAGCAAACGCAGCAAGCGCAGCCAACCAUGGCAUUCUCUUUGAUGACCAAGAAGGGCAACAAGCAACAGACUCGCACCAUUGACCUGCCGUCCGACUCCAACCUCGCCGUGGCCAUGCGAAGUCAACAACAAGCCGACCGCGAGGAACAGCAGCGCAUCAAGAACCUGGUCUUGAAUUAUGAAAUGUCAACAGACACGGAAACGCCCGAAGCAACAACCGAUAAAAAGACUCCUCACCGCGACACGCAGCUCAACAAGUCCAACGCCAAUCGCACUGCCUUCCGCUCCCGCAAGCUGCAACUCAGUGACGUGAAUUGGUAA